ACCAUUUCGCCGUGUUUCAUGCGCGUAUGUUAUUUUACUAUAUUACUUUACAACCAGCCAUCUCUCGCUAUUUCCAGUCUCGUCUUUCCAUAUUUUACCACCUCUCUACCUUUCUUCUCAAAUAAUCUGCUCUUUCAUUUAUCCAAAGCUUCGAAACCAUUUCCUUGCUUUUUGCUCAACAAAGGCGUUCCAAGGAUAACACUCUGGCGGAGAUUAGCUUCAAUAGGACAGAUUUAAAAGUAGCUUCUGGAAAGAAGCUGGGUCUUCAACUCUGGCCGACAAUCUAGUGACACCUUCUCGAGCCGGAGAAGGCGUUGGCCCUUUCAUUUCCGGUGGUCAUUCGCCUUCAGAUUCUACACGCUCCUUGGUUUGGUGCCUUCCUGUUGAUUAUGGCUAACGUUUAAACCACAAACUCAAGUUCCAUUGUUAAUUAGAAUCGGUUAGAGAUGUGAGCUUAUUAGAUAGUUUACGUUCAAGAGGCGGAAGAGCGAAAAUAAAACGGUGCACUCAUUGCAUAUAUACAUUUAGGCUUCUCUGAGAUUUUGACCCAGGUCCUUCAUAAAAUGGCCAAAUUCAAUUGUUUCUCUUUGUUGACCGCGAGGAAAAAGAAAGAUAAGGGGGCUGGUGAGCAAAAGAAUGGUAGAACCCUCCAAAUUAAGCUCCAACAACCGGUGAAGCCCUUAGAGAGCGAUGAAUUGAAAUCGACAACUUUUAGUGUCCCAGCACCUGUUGGGUUUAAGGAGGAUUGCAAUGUCAAGGUGAUCAGGCAUGGGAGCCCUGUUGGAUGUGAAGCAGUAGAGAAAGCAUAUGAAGGGGAAGAUGAGCAUGAAGAGAAUGCAUCAAUCAAGAGAGAAUUCUCUGACUUUGAUCUCCAAGCCCAUGUGGCCAACUCAAGUGAAGAAUUUGAUUUUGGAACCAAAAGGGUUGCUUCUUCAGGUUCAUUUGAAACUGAAGCCAAGGAAGAGGUUGAAAAGGCUGUUGAUAAGGUCCAAAGUGGACAUGUUAGUGAUCCUGGGAUGAGGAGGGCUGAGUUCUGGGCUUCACCUAUGCUUAAGCGCUCGUGUUCCGAUUUGGAGAGGAGGAAUGUGCUAAGAGAGGUAGCUGAUCAUUUCCCUCCAUCUCAGUCAUUUGAAGACUUGCAGGACUUAUCUGCAGGACUUAAUCUCGGUAGCCCUGCUUCUGUGAUGACUCGCUGCAGUGCCGACCGAGUGAUGUUGAAAAAACAUUCUUCCAGUCAAGUUCUACCUUCCAGAAGCAGAAAGUUAUGGUGGAAGUUCUUCCUCUGGAGCCACCGGAACUCUCACAACUGGAUGACCAAACCGCAACCUGCUCCUAUCACUGCUACUUUGAACCAGCAAGGUGGGUAUUCUUCAGACACAAUUGAUCUACAUCAAGCAAUGAAUCUGAGCAAGAUGGAAUCACCGGGAUCGUUUACGGGAGAGUCCUUGAACAAAGGCUUCACUGGCAACUGCGAUGACAACCGGAGCUGGAAAGGUUUUCAUAAUGGAGUUUCUGGUUUAUGGCCCCAGAACCAAUGGGUUGCAUUCCCUGCUCCAUCAUCAUCAUUCUCAAGAGUCGAUGAAUGGGUGAGAGAUCUCGAAACCGAAAUUGUGCAGCCUGCUGAUGAUGUGAAUGAUGAAGAGGGCAUCACAUUUCCACCUUCUCCAGACACUGGUAAAUCACCAGCAAGAAACACUGCCUAUUCCACUCGCCGUUCGGAUAUCAAUCUCUCUGAGGAGAUUUUACAUGCCAAUAGUGUCAUUCAGACUCUCAAUUCUUCUUCAACCGUUGCUCACAUAUCAGGAAUAGGUUUGAAAGCUAUUCCAAUCAUCUCAGGUUUCACCAGCCUUCGGUCUGUCAACUUGUCGAACAACUUUAUAACCCAUAUUACUCCUGGAUCAUUGCCAAAGGGCGUUCACAUACUCAACUUGUCAAGAAACAAGAUCAGCACCAUCGAAGGACUCAGGGAGUUAACUCGAUUGCGAGUUGUUGACCUUAGUUAUAACCGCAUUGCUCGAAUUGGACAUGGGUUGUCAAACUGCAUACUGAUCAAAGAACUGUACCUUGCUGGGAACAAGAUAAGUGAUGUUGAAGGGCUACAUAGGUUCUUGAAGUUGACAGUAUUGGACCUGAGCUUCAACAAGAUAACGACAACAAGGGCAUUGGGUCAGCUUGUCGCCAACUACAACUCAUUGCAAGCAUUGAAUCUGUUGGGAAAUCCAGUUCAGAGCAACGUUAGUGACGACCAGCUGCGAAAGGCAGUUUGUAGCUUGCUCCCUAAGCUUACGUACCUGAACAAGCAACCCAUUAAACCACAAAGGGCAAGGGAAGUGCUCACUGAUAGUGUUGCCAAAGCUGCUCUAGGGAGUGGCAGUUGGAGCUCCAGAAGAAAAGCAUCAAAAAGAACAAGCCAAGGUGCUUCAACAUCCGCCAGUGUGCAUAGGGGCAGUGUGGGGGUGGGGCAUAAGAACAAGAACAAGUUGAAGAGCCGAAGUCGCUAUCACUCAUCUGCCAAAUUACCUGCACUGGCUUCUUCAUCCCGUUAAGAUAUUUUACCAGUAAUUUGCCUGGACAAUUCAUGGGCAUUUUUUUCUUUAUUUCCUUGUUUUUGCUUUGUGAGUGAACCUAAAGACUGCUUGCUUCGCAGACAUAUCAACCCCGCUCUGUUUCUUUUUGUAUUUUUGGUAAUUUGAUUUGUGUUUGUGUGGUAUAAUCAAGUGUUAGUGCAUGAAGUUUGUUUCUAA